UCAGCCAUGGCCGAAGAAGAACCCAAGACGGUGGAGUCCGAUACCCCGUCGGAGCCUCCACCGGCUCCGGCUCCCGAGCCGGCGGAGGAGACUCCGAAGGACGUCGCGGAGGAGAAACCCGUGAUUCCGCCGCUUCCGGAGGAGAAGCCCGACGAAUCCAAAGCCCUCGCCAUCGUCCAAAAGCCUGCUGAGACUGCUGAAGAGAAAGGCUCCGAAGGUUCUGCUCACCGAGAUAGGGAGCUGGCUAGAGUCGAAACAGAGAAGAGGAUGUCUCUCAUCAGAGCGUGGGAAGAAAGUGAAAAGUGCAAAGCAGAGAACAAGGCUCACAAGAAAUUAUCCGCGAUUGGGUCAUGGGAGAACAGCAAAAAAGCAUCUGUGGAAGCUGAGCUGAAGAAAAUUGAGGAAAAGUUGGAGAAGCAGAAGGCAGAAUAUGUGGAGAAAAUGAGGAACAAAAUUGCUUUCCUCCACAAGUCCGCAGAGGAAAAGAGGGCGAUUAUAGAAGCCAAGCGAGGGGAAGAUAUUCUCAAGGCAGAGGAAUUAGCCGCUAAGUACCGUGCAAAAGGGACCACUCCCAAGAAGCUCCUCAGUAUUUUUUGAGGCUGAGGAUUGUUUUGGCCUUGUUGUGUAAUCAUCAAUACAUACUGUAAAUGUUAUUGUUUGGGUUUCAUUUGUUAGGCUAUUACAUAUCCCGAGUGCUUCAUGGUUUCAACAUUUGCUGCUGAUUUGCCGUUAGUCGUUGUGUUCGUAGCUGAUUUUUCUUUGGGUGUACACGACAGUUCUGUCAAAACAUGUGAGAAACGUUGUAUAAGUACAGUUUCUGAACUUUGUGUGAACAAUGGUUUGCUU